GUGCGCUGACGACAGAGAGGACCAGAAAACGUACACAGCUCCUCUUGGACGCAUCGGAACCGUACCGUAGGCGAAUGUCCGCGAAACUCCACUUCAAUUAACGCAUUUCGGAAUUCGGCUGGCCCAUUGCUGAUGCUGCUUUGCAAAGUGUGUGUGUGUGUGAGUAUGUAAUAUGAUGAAAGUUCCUUAAAAACCGCACACAAAGCACAGAGAGCGGGUCAUUCGAGUCUCGAUCACAGGGGUGCAUCAAACCGAACCAAACCAGCUGCGAAUGCACCAGCGUUAAGGAAACUGCACAUUCAAACAGCACACUACGGGGUCAGUGUAAAGUAAAACAAGCGGCCUCGCUAGCAACGUAUAUUACACAUGCAACAGCGCACGCGAAAAAGCGAAAGCUUCUGGUGUGCAGGCCAUUGCGCGCUUGUUGACACGAAAAACUGCCUUUCCUGCCCGCCACUCUCGCGGUGAGGUCGUGCCCCACCGGUCAAGAAGGAAGUGAAUUAUACUGCCGCGAGUGAAAACCGUUGCAAAUUGCCAGAUUUUCAGAUACACGCGGAGAAGCUGGAGGGAAUUGCAUCCACCGCGUAGCGGCUGCAUAGAGAAAGUAACGUUUGCAGCAUCAUUAACAGCAGUGCCGGUGUGUUUGUGUCUGUGUUGAGUGUUUUCCUUGUUUUCCGUGGCCUACUAGCGGGCGGGUACACUGGGGUUGCAAAAAGAAAAAAAAAGAAAACGUUUAAUGUCAUCCGCGUAGGGUUUGCCACACCACGAAAUAGCGCGCGCGGUUUGUGUCUUCUGGGAAGACAUUUUGCUCUGUAGUGGCUUAAAGCAGGCGGUGAAGAAAAUUUUCCACUUCCGUUGCUAGCUACCGUCCAAGAAGAACGAGCUAGGCGGAUUCGUUUCCAUUUCUCCGUGUCGGUGGCAAAGCUUAUCUGGCCAGUGAGAUUAGUAGGUACGCGUGUUGUGCGCAGUGCAGUUUUCCAUAAGUCGCUUGUGAAAGGUGCUCCAGAGAAACCACGCGAAAGGAUGCCGUUCAUUUCCAAGGAUUGGCGCUCGCCGGGAGACUCCUGGGUGAAGACGGACGAGGGCUGGGAGAAGCUGAAGGUGCUGGAGUGUGUCAAGCGGAAACGAUGCAUUUCGGAAUGCAGCAGCACCAGUGACACCGAGAACGACACUGAGAAUGGCGACAACGAAGUAGUACCGCCACACUGUCACAUCACGCUGAAGUGCACCCGGGAGAUUGCCGGCUUCAACGGGCUCGGGGAGGCGGUCCGGCGGCUCGAUUUCCGCAGCUCGGUACGGGACGGCCGUCGGUUUAACUACGUCUGUGCGCUGCUCCGGCUGCUCGUGUCCGGCAAGGGCAUCACCAGCCUUCCGGGCGGUGCCCAGCGGCUGCUGCUCCAGAUGCUGGAGGAGGUGGCGACGUACGUGAGCGACUCGCAGCAGAACAUUAACGUGCUGCGGGGGCUGGUGCAGCAGCUGCGCGCGCUGCUGAACCAGGAGAACCAAAAGUGCUGGGGCAAACCGCUCGGCAGCCAGAGCCUGUGGGCCGAGCACGUGCAAACCAUCCAGCGCAUACAGGAUAUAGCUAGUCAGAUUGAAAUUAAGGAGCCCGGUCCAAACAUUCGUCCAAAACUACACGACCUGCCCGAGGAGUGUGUGCGCGAGAUCAUACUCCGAAUCACCGACUACAAGGAUCUGGAAGCGUCGGCCUCCGCCUGGUCGCUGAUGGCCGCCCUCAUCUCCGAGCAGCGGGUGUGGCGCGAGCUGUCCCACUACCACUUCACCAAGCAGCAGAUCGAUGUGGUGCUGGAGAAGAUGUGUCUGCAGGAUACGAAGGAGCGGCACCGCAACUGGCAGGCGAUCUACCACGCCUUGCGCAAGAUGUACGGUGUGCGGGAGGAGCUUCAGUAUGCGGAAAUUCUAGCGUUCUGUCGGCUGUGUCGCUGCCUGUUCUGGCCUUCCGCGGGCCAUCCGUGCAUCGUCGACCAGUGUCCCGACUUUCGGCAGCGCGUCCAGGAGGCGGGCAACAGCAACAGCAACGAAACACAGCCCGUGCCGCCGGCAAAGUUUCUGCAAUACUUUUCGCUGUAAGCGAGUGAGGAGCAGAGCCUCUCUUAACCGAACCAGCAGAGCAAAUGCGUAGGAAAAGAGAAACCAUGCGCUGUUGUUGUACUUCCAUUGCUGGCAAUGAUCACGGGCGAUAGCAGAACGUUUGAAGAAUCUGGUGCGCGGACGCCAACAAAGGACACGAAAAGGAUCGAUACCGAACAGCCACAGCCACUCUAUCUUCACUCAACUACAUAUAUAUUAUAUUUUUCUAAACUAAACAGAGAACCAACAAGACAAGCCGAGCAGUGUGCGUAAUUCUUGUGUUCAAACGUGGCGACAUCCCCAUGGAGAGAGAGAGAGAGAGUGAGACGUUAGUGAUACAUGACUACAUCUUGUCAAAUCCCGGUUAACCACACACGAAAAAGAACUGACAGAGGGGUUUUAAAGCGCCAAACACAACCGACCCACAGGAGCCGGCACUGUUAUAGGGAGAAGAAAAGCUUAGAAACGAUCGAAAACAAGAAAACACAACUUUAUAUAUAUUCAUAAAAGAGUAACCCAACACAGAGACACAUAUUUUGGGAAGAUAAGGCGCCGGCGUGUAAGUUUUACCGUUUAAAAAGAACUAUUUUCAAAAGAGCCAGCAAAUCCAUAUUUAAUCCGUUGCAUGUGGACAGGAAUGUGCUACAAACUAUUUACCUAAUGUACCGGCAUGUGUUGUAAUAAUCAGCGGCGACCGUGUGGUUUACCAAAAUCCCACACACACACACACACGACAUCGGACAAUACGGUUCGUACAGGAAAUUCUUGAGCCCGUUUUUUUUUUCAAACAACCAUUCACUUUCUUACCGAUAGUAAUGGUGUUGUAGCAUACGUAAUAUAGGAAUAUGAAUUUUGUAUAGCAAGUUACUCCUUUAACCCGUAUCACCACUACUCUACAAAUGUGAUCGAUCGGAGCUAUUGCAAUUUCUUCACGUGUUUAGUCAGAACGGACGCAGUUUUUCUCUAUCUAAUUGUGAUAAGUGAAAGUAGUUGGUUAGACUUGGUUGUUCAAACAGUGUUCGCCCGUUUCGUGCGUAGUAAUAAUGAUCUUGAUUCGAUGAUAUUAACACAAAAGGUGACCGAAAGAAGGAAAACUAGAGAAUGGAAAGGGAUGGUUUGAAGUUUGAAGGCGAGGUUGUGUGUAAAGAUGAAAUUGUUGAGCAGUCAGAAGACAGAUGAGUAUGUAGCAAUUAUGUGAUAUGUGAAAAGCGAUGCAUGCGGAUGGCGAGAGGAUAGAGAUCGGAAAAGGCAAUCGGAGAGAUGGCAGAAAUAGGAAACAUUUUUCAUAAAGUGAAUGUUAGUUUUUUAGCAUUGCAACAUUGCAUUCAAUUUUAUGUACAGAGAUGAACGAACCUAGCUUUUUGGGACGUUUUGUGCGGACUCUUUCGAACGCGGUUAGCUUAGCGUACACAUCGAACGUACUCGAAGUAGAUGCUACUGCUGUGAAGAAGCACUCGAUGGCGUACCGUAUCGAUAGCUAAUUUAAUUUCCCGUUCCUGACUCGUUCAACUAUUUUACAUGCGAUGCGCAAUACUGGUGGACGGCGGGAAGGAGCAGCAUCCUCAAAUCCGAUAUCAUAUCUCGUAGAAUAAGCAUAAAUAUCGUUUGAUUUCACUGAUAGUAUAAACAAUUAUUUCAAUUCUCUUCUUCGACAGUUCGAGGACGGAUUCCCCCCCCCCCCUCACCAGAUUCAGUGUUCCGCUGUGUCCGUGUUUGAUAGUGUAUGCAUCGUUGGAAUUAUAGAUUCCCUUCAUUUCUCGUUCAAUGGAAGCAAAUCGACACAAAACACGCUUAGUAGAAUUCCAUGUAGCAGCAGCUCUGGCGGGAUGGGUAAAAGUCCCGCGCCGAGCGUCGUAUAUAGGACAGGGAUGGAGUUGAGCUGAUGGAAGCAAAGAAAAGCUUAACUGGAACGUACUGGCUGGCGAUGAGCGAUGCGCCGAGGGAAAGCUAAGUAGGACGUAACUUACUCAAGUAAUGGAAGCAAAAUAUCACUACAGACAAGUGAAGAAUUUUAAGUAAAUCUAUUACGAUAUUAAAAA